CGCGCGCGUUAGCGUCAACGCCCGCGCAUGCGCACUAAGGGAGGCCUGGUCGUCGCGGCAGCUGCUUAGGAUCCUGGUGGUAGCGCGAGCGCUAGCCCGGCCCGGCCUUUGCCUUCUGGCCUCGGUUCUCCUCAGCCGGGUGCCUUCUAGCCCCGCCCCAGCCUUCUUGAGUCCUCACAGCCCGGCCUUGGCCGCCCCCUAACCCCUCUGCCGCAAUGAUGAUGAUGGCAUUGAGCAAGACCUUCGGGCAGAAGCCCGUUAAGUUCCAGCUGGAGGACGACGGCGAAUUCUACAUGAUCGGCUCCGAGGUGGGAAACUACCUCCGUAUGUUCCGAGGUUCUCUGUACAAGAGAUACCCCUCGCUCUGGAGGCGACUAGCCACUGUGGAAGAGAGGAAGAAAAUAGUUGCAUCGUCACAUGGUAAAAAAACAAAACCUAACACUAAGGAUCAUGGAUAUACCACCCUUGCCACCAGCGUGACUCUGUUAAAAGCCUCCGAGGUGGAAGAGAUUCUUGACGGCAAUGAUGAGAAGUACAAGGCUGUGUCCAUCAGCACAGAGCCCCCCACCUACCUCAGGGAACAGAAGGCAAAGAGGAACAGCCAGUGGGUCCCCACCCUGCCCAACAGUUCCCAUCAUCUGGAUGCUGUGCCCUGUUCCACCACCAUCAAUAGGAACCGCAUGGGCCGGGACAAGAAGAGAACCUUCCCCCUGUGCUUUGAUGACCAUGACCCAGCUGUGAUUCACGAGAAUGCAUCUCAGCCUGAGGUGUUGGUGCCCAUCCGGCUGGACAUGGAGAUCGAUGGGCAGAAGCUGCGGGAUGCUUUUACCUGGAACAUGAAUGAGAAGCUGAUGACCCCUGAGAUGUUUUCAGAAAUCCUCUGUGAUGACUUGGAUUUGAACCCACUGACAUUUGUACCAGCUAUUGCCUCUGCCAUCAGACAGCAGAUUGAGUCCUACCCCACAGACAGCAUCUUGGAGGACCAGUCUGACCAGCGUGUUAUCAUCAAGCUGAACAUCCAUGUGGGAAACAUCUCCCUGGUGGACCAGUUUGAGUGGGACAUGUCGGAGAAGGAGAACUCGCCAGAGAAGUUUGCCCUGAAGCUGUGCUCAGAGCUGGGACUGGGCGGGGAAUUUGUCACCACCAUCGCGUACAGCAUCCGGGGACAGCUGAGCUGGCAUCAGAAGACCUACGCCUUCAGACCUGGUGCCCAGCCCAGGCCUCUGCAUUCCCGGGGGAGCGCUGCCUGUGAGUAUAGUCGUGGGGUCCACUCAUUCUGCACAGAGCCGAACCUGACAGCCCAAGAGCUACCCUAGAAUGGCCUCUCUCCCCAGAGUUGAUUUGCGUCCUAUGGGGUAGUGAUGUUUCGCAGGUCCUAGGAAUGGCAUCGGCAUGGUAACCUCCACCCCAGACACCCAUCGAGUUGGAAACUUCUUUCUAGACUCACAGGUGUAGGCCUGCUGCUCCCAUUAGCCAGGCACUGAGGUGUUGACCUUCACCAAGGCCAUGGUCAAGCUCCAGAGAUAAUGCUUCAGGGGCUCUUGGCAUCCUUUUCCUGAUCCUUGCCCUUGGUCACCAGUGUGCAGCAGCAUUCCUGCUCCUUGCACUCCAGGCGACCAGAUCUAUCAGUCUCAGCUCCUUGCUAAGCUCCUGUCUGCAGUUCUCAAGGUGGCUCCAGAACAGGCCCUGGUGGUGGCAGGUCAGGACUCAGACGAAUCCGUCCUUUAUCUUGGUGAUCACUUACUGUAUUACAGACCCCUGUCCCACUGUCCUCUCUAGCGCUGAAUGUGAAGGUUUCAAAUCCUUGGAAUUAAAGGGAGUGCCACCCUGCUAGAGACCUGGGCAAACAUACAUCCCCUCCACAGUGGUCUGCCUGGGGGUCUGGUAGGUAUUCUAAGCACCUCUUUAGGCAUCAGGGAGGACUGCUUGUGUCUUCCCAGCCUGUCAGGCUUGUUGAAGUCUUCACAUAGGGCACAGCCCAUUCUGUGUGUCAUAGCCCAUCUGAGCAUCCGGGAUGCUCCCCACAGUUGAAGAGGCCUGGGUAAGACAGGAUGGGGACCUUGGGCUGGGGGUUGGCACCUCCUAAAUGUCAUAGUCUAGGGAGACAGAACUGUGCCAAGAGACCAAGGACCUCUUAACUGUUCUCCUGGGAGACUCUUGUCAGCCCUGCCAUGCCCUGUGGGCCCUGCGUUCAGGUUACUACUGAAGCUGUGAACACCAUCCUGGCCUGUUGUCAGGUUUUGCUUUUAUAAUAACCUUAUUGAGAUUACAGUUCACUGACCAUAUGAUUCACCCAUUUAAAGUGCAUAAGUCAGUGAUUUUUAAUGUACGUACAGAAGCUGUACAACUACCACCAUAAUAAUUUUAGAACACCCUAAAAGGAAGCACCAUACCCCUUAGCAGUUGCUCCCCUCACCCACAGAUCCAGCACUAGGCAAACACUGCUUUCUGUCAGUGUUUACCAAUUCUGGACUCAGAGAAUAAAUGGAGUCUUAUGCUGUGUGGUCUUUAAUAACUGGCUAAGUUCUUAGCAUAAUGUUUGAAAAGAUCAUUCAUGUUGUAGCACAUCAAAACCUCAUUUGUUUUUAUGGCUAGAUAGUAUUUGAUUGUAUGGAUAUACCACAUUUUAUUCAUCGACUCAUCGGUUGAUUGACUUUUGGGUUCUUUCUAUUUAGUUGUUGAGAAUAAUCCUAAGGACAUUUAUGUGUGAGUUUUUUGUUUGGCCAUGUGUUUUUACUUCUCUUGGAUUUAUACCUACAAGCGGAACUGCUAGAUCAUGUGGUAACUGUUUUGUGAAGGACUGCCAGACUGUUGCCCAAAGUCGCUGCAUUUUAUAUUAACCCAGCAGUGUGAGGGUUCUAGUUUCUCUUAAGUCCUGGCCAGCACUUUUUAUUAUCUGUCUCUUUGAUCAGUCAUCCAAAUUGGUGAUAGUAAUUUGGAGUUGUAUUUCCCUAAUACUAAUGAUAAGGGGUUUUCUGUUUUUCAGCACUGGGAAUUGAAUUCAGGACUUCGUACUUGCUAGCCAGGCACUGUUCAGCUGAGCUAUAUCCCUGGCCCUCUUUUUUUCUGUAGUACUGGCAAUUAAUCUUGGGACUCUGUGCAUCCCUGGCACGUGCCUCAUCACUGAGCUGUAUCCCCAGCCCAUUUUAUUUUUUCUUUUGAGACAGGGUCUCUCUAACUUGACUAGGAUGGCCUUGAACUUGCAGUCCUUCUGCCUCAGUCCCUUAAAUAGCUGGGAUUACAGGAGUGUGCCUUCACACUGGCACCAUUUCACUUCCUACACAGUGUCCUUUGCAGGACAGGUUUUUAUUUUAAUGUAGUACAGUUUAUUUUUUAGUUUAUUCCUAGUACUUCUGGUGUCAUGUCUGAUAAACCAUUGCUUAAUCCAGGCUCUUGUCUCAGUACUAUGUUGAAAAAUUGUACUUUCCCCAGGGAGUGGACCAGGCUUUCUUGUCUAAAAUUGGUUGAUCCUGGCAGCCUGGGAGGUGUUGAUUGCAGAUAUAAGGGUGAUGUAGAAUAGCCUUGGGCAGGUCAUUAUUAGAGUGGGGCUAAUAAUACUUUUCAACUUGCCUGCUAUGUGAAGUCACAAAAGUGAUAUCACAUUGAAAAUAAAUCUGAAGCUACUGCACAAGCAUCAGUCCCACAGUCCUGUCAGGCAGGACCCUCCUGCUCGGGUAACUGCCAUUUCAGGAUGGUAGGAGUGUCUGGGGUCUCUGACAGCCUCACAGCGCAUGAGUCACAGUUCCGUCCGAGUGGGAGCACGCUGGCCUCCAUGGCUACCAGACUUCUUGGACUCAGGUCAGCGCCUUUCUGUCUGCAUGACCUCCCAAACCUGAGGCAGGCACAGGCUAGUGUUAGUUGCUGGCCUGUCCUUACAUAGUUGGCUUAAGCAGUUCUUAUUUUAGAACAAACCCACUGGAGUGGAAUCUUCCCAGAGUCAAAGGGAGGUAAACAAAGGGGCCUCCAGGCCUGCUUGCUGGCUCCUGUUUAAACUCAGAGGAAAACAUGUUUUGCUUCCCUCCACGUGGGCUUGGGGUCUGUGGCUGGGCCAUUCCUGGAUUGCCAAACCAAGCUGCUGAGGAAGAGUUGUCCCUAGGGGGUGGGAGCUGCCAGGUCCUUGGCUUCUGAGUCACCACCAUAGGCUUGGGCUUCCGGAGCUCAUGGGCCCGUGGGAGUGGAUGUGGUGGACUGAGGUUCAGCAGCAAGAGGUCAGGCCUGCUUCCACCAGAAAGCCAGGGGUGCUCUGGUUUUCAGUGUCAGCCUCACCCAGUACCCUGGCCUUGAUCAGGGCACAGGUCCCUGAGACCCAUGGCUGAGGAGAACAGAGCUCAGCCUGACUCUCAGGCCAGAAGAGGCCCUUAAAUGCCAGUGCAGGGCACGUACGGCAAAGAGCUGAGUGAGGCUAUUGUCCAACCUGGGAUGACACUUCUCUCUAGCCAGCUAGUCCAUGACCUUGAGGGAGGCUAUGUGAAAAGUUAUAUGGCUCCUAGGUACCUUCUUCAAGGGAUGGAUGUUGGCUCCUUUGAUAAUAAUAAUCUAGCAUGUGGGAAGCUCUGGGUUUGAUCUUUAGCAUCACAAAGAGAUUAAAUUUUUUUAAAAAAUGAACAAUUCUCCAGCAACUCCUGACAGCAAUAAAUAUUCCAUAUUCUAGAUGAAAACUCAGGAAGCCCAGCCAGGAACAUGUCCUAUUUUACCCCGUCAGUCUCGACCACAUACCUCUCUGAGACCUUGUCUGCCCUCCCAGAGCUGAUGAGCUGCUACAAGGUGGCAGGCAGCAAGUGGUCACAUACUGAUAGAGCUCUGACAGAGCCGGGAGGCCUCCUGGACUGAGCCCCAAGAGAUAGGAAACCUGCCCAGCUGGAGGAGAAAAAGACCAUGGAAGGCUAGAGUGGUGACAGUGGAACAGAAGGGCAGGAUCAUGGUUAGGGUGCUGUGCCGAGGCCAGGAUUUUAGUGCAUCAUAUAGGAACCUCCUUAGCUUUCCAUUGCACUUUCUUAGAAAUCAUGGCCCUGAGAGGCAGUGACUCAGCCACACCCCUCUGCAGCAUUCCUGUGUGUGUCCCGUUUCCAUCAUAGCCUUUGUCCUUACUGGCUCACCCCCACUGCUAUAGCCAUGUGGCCAGAGGAGGUUACAGAGGGCUCCUUGGGGUAGACUUGGGUAGUCUCUGAGGGACUGCAGUGGGACGUGGUCCAGGGAUAUGGUUUCUUGGUCUGUCUGCAUGCCAGCUGUCUGGUCCUGAGCAAACAGGCCAACUUCUAUGGGGUUCAGUGGGGAUCCCAUGAAGUAGUCUGAGAGAUGUCAAGAUCUGAGAUUCCUCUUUUCCCCCCUCCAUGCUGUCUCGUUAAUCAGUAGGUCUUGAUAGGCUCCAGCCCUGGAUACUAAGUAGGGCAGACAGGCCUCUGCCUCCUGGCUGUGCUCCAGUGACAGUGGCCUGGCCCACUGUGAGCAUGUCCCACUGUUAGGGGAACCACCUCCUAACCAGCACCGACCCGCACCCACCCCCAGCCCACCUCCCAGACAGAGUGACGCUGAAGGUGGCAGACAAAGGGCCUGUUGAGUUACUUUGAAGGGAGGCUAUGGGGUCCUGAGCAGCACUGUUACUGCUGAGGGGGAGUCCUGGUCUCAGGAGCAUCCCCCAGCUGCCCCUGUGCCUAAGGCUGCUAUGAAAGGCUGCAGCAGAGGCAAGCAGGAAAUGGGGAAGGGCCUGGGCCUUUCCACCAUGCCCUGCCCAUCUGCUGGGGGGGCGGGUUGCUGGGGACUUCACAGCUGCUGCUCUGUGAACUGGCCAUUGUUCUCUCCCUGCCUCCCUU